AUGUAUUAGAGAGAUAAGAGAGCAUCAUCUUAUCAGAGAUCAUAAAUAGGAUACGAUGAUUUAAAAAAUCAAUUAGAUUUACUAGAUAAAUAUAUGAAACCAACUUACGAUGUUUAAUUGAAACAUGAGUCUAGUUAAAAAAGUGGAAUUAGAUAAUCUGGCCACUUAAAUAAAUCAUUUUAGUUUCCUAAAGUUUCUACAUUACCAGAAGAGUCUAUAAAUCAAGAAGUAGUUCGAAUGUAGAUAGCAAUAGAUUAAUAAAAUUAGAAUAUAAAAAGAUUAUUAAAAGAAUAAAGAGAAGUAAAAUUAUAAAUGGAUAAUAAAGGUAAAUAAAGCUUAAGUCUUAAAGUAAGAAUUAGAGAAUUUAAAAAAUCAAGUUUAAACAAUACAUCUAAAAUUGCCAAAACUACCUUAAUAUGAAUAAUUAAAUGAAAUAAAACAUGAAAUUUCAUCCUUAAAGUAAUCCUUCUUCUAAUAAGCCUAAUAACCUUAAUAGCCAAUAUAACAACCUCCAUAGAUAAUAUAUUAAUAAAUACCUCCUAUCUAAUAACCUUAAUAUUUUCCGUCGCCUCAUCCAUAUUUUCCUCCUACUUAUCCUACAUAUGGAUAGCUACCUCCUCCAUAUCCAUAUUAAUAACCAUUUUAAUACAAUCCUUAUCAAUAUCCAUAUUAUCAAUAACCUUAAUCAUAAGAAGGGUAAGCUAAUGCAUAAAACUCUUAAUCAGCUGGCAAAAUUAAAAUAAAAACAGCUGGAUCUUAAGCCUAAAAUUCAAAGAGAUCUAGUUAAAAAACUAUUUCUUUAGUUUCUAAGAGGUCUAAUUCAUAAACUAAAUAAAGUUUUUUUUCUGAUGUAUUUUAACUUUAAUUUAAUUUAGAAUGGAGAUAAAGAAAAAGUUUUUUAAGGAUCCAAACUUAAAGUUAUAUUCAAUGCUGUACGAUUUGCUAUGAGAUGGAAAAUAUAUUGUAAACCUAUAAAUAUUUUAUGGAGAAAAUUAUAAAAACAUUAAGUUGAAUGUAAAGCUAUAAUCUAAAAAAUUUCAUAUCCUAUUGCUUUAAAAAGAAUUAAUGAUUGGUGCAAAAUGGUUUUAGCAAAAGUUGAAAAUUAUCUGACUAAAAUAAAAGAAAUAGAUUUUAUUGUAUAUUUCCUUUUUAUCAAAAGAAUCCAGAAAAACCUUUGACAGAAUAAGAAAUUGAUCAAUCAUAUAUGUAAUUAACAAACGCAAUGAAAUAUCUAAUGACUAGUUUAGUUACUUAUUGUACAAACGACUUCAUGAUACCAGAAUUGAAAUUUUUAUCAUAUCUUUAAUUUUUUGAUUAACCAGAAAUAGACAGAGGACUAUUCGUAGCUAGAAGAGUUUUAUUUUGGAAAGAAAAAUAAUUGGAUAUGACUAAAACUUAAUAGAUGAUGAUAAUAGGAGAUCUUGUAAUAUUAGUAUAUAUUCUACCUGCUUUAAUUGAAAUUUCAGGGUAGGUAUUUUUAAUUAAAUGUAUGGUUUCUCUUGUUUAAAUUCAUUAUAUGAAAUAUUUUGAUUUAAGAGUACUCAAUAGAAAUCCUGAAUAUAAAAUUAUUCAAUUAAACUUAGUUGAUGUUGUUGAUGGAAAAAUAAUUGUUAGAUUAGAAAAACUUGAAAAGUUUGAUGAUGAAAGAUAUAUUGUUGGAGUUUAUGAAGAAAGUUAGUUUUAAGGAUUCUAUACAAAAAGACCUCAUUUUUAAGAUGAUAUGCAAAAAACAUUCUAUUAAAUACAUACUAAUUUAUUAUAAGCAUUAGCUGCUAAAUGA